AACCCAACUUCCGUGUACAGGCUCCGGCCUCUGCCCCGUCCGAGUUGCAGGAUGUCGAUGACAGACUUGCUCAGCGCUGAGGACAUCAAGAAGGCGAUAGGAGCCUUUGCCGCUGCCGAAUCCUUCGACCACAAAAAGUUCUUCCAGAUGGUGGGCCUGAAGAAAAAGAGUGCAGACGAGGUGAAGAAGGUUUUCCACAUCUUGGACAAAGACAAGAGUGGCUUCAUUGAGGAGGAUGAGCUGGGAUUCAUCCUAAAGGGUUUCUCCUCGGAUGCCAGAGACCUGUCUCCUAAAGAAACCAAGACAUUGCUUGCCGCAGGGGACAAGGAUGGAGACGGCAAGAUCGGAGUUGAAGAAUUCUCCACUCUGGUGGCUGAAAGCUAAACAGCUCUGACUGGCCCAGGCCUGCCACCUCUCUGCCCCGAGCGCCCCAUCUCAGCCCCUCUUGCUGCCCUCCUGCGUUUCUGUUCAGUUUGUUUAUGUUAUUUUUUACUCCCCCAUCCCCUGCGGCCCUCGAAUGAUACCAUUCUUCUGGAAAAUGCUGGAGAAACAAUAAAGUCUGUACCAACCAGA